AUGGAUAUGUACCCAUCAAAGCUGAGAUUUGCACAAGACAGCGUAUGUGGGUAUUUUAGAAAUGGAUCAUCGUUACAAGACACGAUUGAAGACUUACUCGAGUCUGACUGUCCGGAACAUUUCUUUCCACCAAUGUCUGUUAUGAAGCACCAGGGCAAGUAUUUUGUGGUGGAAGGAAACCGACGUUUGCUGCUUUUGAAGAUACUGGAGUCGCACGGUUUAGUGGGGAAGGUUCCAGUAAAACUGUCACCAUUCAAUAGUUUCAAGUUCACCACAGUAAACGAAGGAAGAUCUGUCGAAGUGAGAGGGUGCCCUGAUCUGGAAGAGGAGCUAGAGUCCAUUAUUGAAGGAGAACAUUCACAAUACGGGAUGAGUGGUGAUGAGACCGAUUUCGGGUUUGAUGCACUCGCUCUGUCUGACGAGGGUAGAGAUUCACAGGAAAGUGAUCACAAUGAAGAUAAUGAGGUUGAUGAAAACUCUGACCAAAAUGAGGAUGACUAUUAUGAUAAUGACCAAGAUGAAGCAGACGAUGAAGAUAAUGAGGAAGAUGAAAACUCUGACCAAAAUGAGGAUGACUAUUACGAGGAGGUUGGCCAAGAUGAAGCAGACGAUGAAGAUAAUGAGGAAGACGAAAACUCUGACCAAAAUGAGGAUGACUAUUACGAAGAGGUUGGCCAAGAUGAAGCAGACGAUGAAGAUAAUGAGGAAGAUGAAAACUCUGACCAAAAUGAGGAUGACUAUUACGAGGAGGUUGGCCAAGAUGAAACAGACGAUGAAGAUAAUGAGGAAGAUGAAAACUCUGACCAAAAUGAGGAUGACUAUUACGAGGAGGUUGGCCAAGAUGAAGCAGACGAUGAAGAUAAUGAGGAAGAUGAAAACUCUGACCAAAAUGAGGAUGACUAUUACGAGGAGGUUGGCCAAGAUGAAGCAGACGAUGAAGAUAAUGAGGAAGAUGAAAACUCUGACCAAAAUGAGGAUGACUAUUACGAGGAGGUUGGCCAAGAUGAAGGAGACGAUGAAGAUAAUGAGGAAGAUGAAAACUCUGACCAAAAUGAGGAUGACUAUUACGAGGAGGUUGGCCAAGAUUAA